AUGGUUAACGAGACAUUCCGCUCCUGGGAUCCGAAGUUUGAAGAUCAGGCGAUUAAUGUGAAUGUGGGAGGCCUGAAGAGAAAGCUCCGAUCCAGCACCCUGUCCCGGUUCCCCAACACCAGACUCGGACAGCUGUUGACCUGUGACUCGGAAGAGUCCAUCCUCCGGAUAUGUGAUGAUUACGAUGUGUCAAAGAAGGAGUUCUACUUCGACAGACACCCUGGGCUUUUCCCAUACGUGUUAAACUUUUACCAGACCGGGAAGCUGCACAUGAUGGAUGAGCUCUGCGUUUUUUCCUUUUCGCAGGAGAUUGAGUACUGGGGCAUCAAUGAGUUCUUCCUGGAUUCCUGCUGCAGGUACCGUUAUCACGAGCGCAAAACCGAGAGCAGGCGGAAAAACUGGGAUGACGAGAGUGACGUGAGCAGCAUCGACACCUCUCCAGAUGAGAUCUCGGACUUCAACCGGGAUUUGCUGAUAUUCCGGAGCUUAAAGUAUGGGAAUUGCAGGAAGCAGCUGUGGCUAACCCUGGAGAAUCCAGGCUACUCCAUCCCAAGUCGGCUUUUCAGCUUCCUCUCCAUCAGUGUGGUUCUGGGCUCCAUUGCCACCAUGUGCAUCCACAGCAUGCCUGAGUACCAGAUUCUAGACCAGUACGACAACGAGAUCGACGAUCCCAGGUUACAGAUCGUGGAGCAGUUCUGCAUAGCCUGGUUCACCAUGGAGGUCUGUUCCCGCCUGCUCCUGAGCCCCAACUUUAAGAGGUUUUGCUUUCACCCGCUCAACAUGAUCGACAUAGUCUCCAUCUUACCGUUUUACUUCACUCUGCUGGUUCAUCUGAUCUUCGGACGAACAACAGAUCUGGAAAACCUGGGGAAGGUGGUCCAAGUCCUGAGAUUGAUGAGGAUCUUUAGGGUGCUCAAGUUAGCACGCCACUCAACAGGAUUGCGGUCAUUGGGAGCAACUUUAAAGCACAGCUACCGAGAGGUCGGGAUCCUCCUGCUGUACCUGGGCGUAGGAGUCUGUGUCUUCUCUGGGAUGGCAUAUACAGCUGAGAAGGAUGAAGACGUCGGACUGGACACCAUUCCAGCCUGUUGGUGGUGGGGGACGGUGAGCAUGACCACGGUGGGCUAUGGGGAUGUAGUACCCAUCACCGUGGCGGGCAAGCUGGCCGCUUCGGGCUGCAUCCUAGGGGGCAUCUUAGUGGUGGCACUACCCAUCACCAUCAUCUUCAAUAAGUUCUCCCACUUCUACCGACAGCAGAAGGCGCUGGAAGAGGCAGUGAGGAGCAACAAACACAGAAAAUACAAAAGAAACUCAGCAGAUCUGAUCACAUCUAUGAAGGUGGCCCUGGGUUUGGAAGGUGCCACCUAA